AUGCUUUACGCGUGCAAAUUUCGAUUUUGUGGAGGUUUGGAGCCGCCUGACUGGCUCUUGGCAGAGGUGCCACUGCUAUCGGGGACCGAGAAAGUGACACCUAGUGAUCUCGUCAUGAUGUGUCAAGCUAUUGGGGUCGAUAUUACAGUGCAGGAGCUGGAUCAUGCACAUUUACUAUUUGAAGAAGUGCAAGAUAGGAAGGCUGUACUUGCUGCUCUACGUUUCAUACUGAUGCAGGCUGCUAAAUAUGAUACAGAAGGCAGAGAUCUCGUUGAGGAAUUGCAGCAACUGGGUAUGCAUGAAGCAGCUGCUGAAGCCAUUGCACAGAGUUACGAGGAGCUACGUCUUCGUAUCCAAGACCAACAACGUGCUCAAUGCUUUUGGUUUCCAAAUGUCGAAAAGGUCGAAUGGAAAGUCGAGACUGCAUCAAAGGUGAUGCUGAACUUGAAACUAGAUCAGCCGGUACUGGAAUGCGACAUGAUGACAAGAAUACCAACAACGGCUGAACUGCGUUUCGACAUGAGUAAAUCCAAGUUUUUAGCCCUGUAUGAAGAACUCAAUCAAGCACAGUCACUGGUUCGCAGUGUCAAGUACCUCCAUUGA